AUGCGCCUACAAGCUGCACCACUACCUGUCGCCCCUUGCGCCCAAGAGCCCGGCCCAGAGCUCGCACCCACCACCACCACCGGCGCAACCGCUACAUUGAGCGCGCCCACCACCUCCACUGCACACAUUGCCAUAACUGUAAGGUUGAAUGCAAUUAAUGAAUUAAACAAAAAAAUCAAAAAAUCUCCACCGCACGCAAGGGCUAUCGAAGCUAGCGCCCUCCAGCUCCACCCAGAGCUUUUGGCAUUUGCCCACCAAGACCACCAGCCCGCGCCAACCAACCAGCGCUCACCACCACCACCAGCGGCAACUCGCGUCCAGCACCAGCACCACUUUGCGCACAACAUCAUGGCCACUACCACCACCUGUUGA